CGUGAACUUGCACAUUGCGGCAUUAGAAUUCGCGCGACUUCCCCGCCGCGGGGAAAACGCCUCGGCUCGGCCACGAGGACGACGACAGCGGCGACGACGGUAGUGCGUCCGCGACUCAAGGUUGUCGCGGCAGACUUUCUGCCCAACCGGUUUCCAGCCGCGACAUUAAGUGUACGUGACUUUCCUCCGCGAGCGAGUACGUGAACUUCCGCGAGGCCGGUUGUGCCGAGAUCCCGCGAAAAUCUCGAACCGGGUUUAACAUUUCGGAGGAAAAGAUUUCAUAAAGAAGAGACGGACGGCAAAUCCCAAGAGGUGCACGCAAUCGGUCGACAGCUCGCGGGAUCAUGAGCAGGUCCUGAUCGCCGGUCACUCGUGGGCCGCGGAGCGAUGAUGGAUGCGGCGUGCCGACGUCACCGAGAGUCGCAAGUCCAGCAUUAACGGCGACGCGACGACACCGUCACCCGGAGGGGUUCAUCACGACGAUCCCCGGCAGGAACCGACGAGCGAUCUAUCUUCCCCGCUCUUCGCACCCCUCGUCCCGCGGUUAAUCGGACCUGGAGAAUGAGCAUCGUGGCCAUUGCCCGCAGGAAUUGGGCGCUACGCCUAUCGAUAGUGCUGAAUGUGUGCGUGCUGCUGUACGUGUGCACCAACAUCGGCUCCUCCGGGCCGUGGAUCGAGGAACCGCCGACCAACUGGGCGGCGGCGGCGCCGCUUCAGCAGGAAGCUUUCGCCGUGAACGAUCUCGCGAACGGUACGCAGAAGGGCGCCGCCGCGUCGUUAUCCUCCGCGUCGUUGGCCGCGUCCGCCACGAAGGAUGCGGCGCCUGGGACAAACAACGGCGGCGGCGCCAGGAUCAGGCUCGUCACCACGACGCCUUCUCCCAACGGGGCCAAGGCCGAGCCUCUCGACAAGUUGCAAGACCACCCACGUAAUCAGACGGCAAAGAACGGCACGACGAGCGUCGCGCACGAGCCGAUGAGCCUGAAGGAGGCCGUUCCCUGCAACGAGAAGUCGACCGAGCCGAGGCGGGCGCAACGGGGCGACUACUGGGUGCUGUACAAUUACGUGCCGAUGAGCAUGUCGGUGAGAUGCUGGGAGAGCGUGACGUACACCACGCACGCCGACUACACGUUCCUGGACAAUCUGGAGGCUCUGCUGGAGCGGUGGCGGGCGCCAAUAUCGAUCGCCAUGCACGCACCCGGCACCGACUUCCCGGCCACCCUCGACGCCAUCAGGUACUCGAGAAACUGCGGCAGCCCUCUGGUCUCGCAACUGGUGACCUUUCACGUCUUCUUCAGCAGCAAACACGUGCCAAAAUUGGUACCACCGUCGGAGAAGAUCGUCUCCGACACGUACAACUGCUCGCUCGGUCCGCCGUGGGUGAACGUGAGCCUAGCAAAGAUGUACAAGAACGAGAAGAAGUUGCUGUACCCGGUGAACGUGGGUCGUAACAUAGCGCGCGAGGCCGCGCCCACCUUGUACGUGUUCCCCAGCGACAUCGAGCUGUACCCCAGCCCGAAUCUGCCCGCCAAGUUCCUGGAGAUGAUCCGCAGACGGGAUCAGCCGGCCCUCCACAAGCCCAAUCCCAAGGUCUUCGUACUGUCGAUCUUCGAGGUGGACGAGAAGAGUCAGCCGCCCAACAACAAAACGCGUCUGGUGCAGAUGCUGAAGACGGGCACCGCCAUACCAUUCCACAAAAAGCUAUGUUCUGGCUGCCAUAAUGUGCCGAAGAGCAAAGAGUGGCAGGAUGCGCCAGAGACGGAUGAUCUGCAUGUGUUCCACGUCGGCAAGAGGACUGGCAGCUUCGUGCACUGGGAGCCGAUCUUUAUCGGGACCAAUAACGAUCCUCUUUACGACGAGAGACUCAGUUGGGAGGGAAAGAGCGAUAAAAUGACGCAGGGUUACGCGCUCUGCGUUCUCGAUUACGACUUCCUCAUCUUGGACAACGCCUUCCUGGUACACCGGCCCGGCAUCAAGAUCUUCAAGAAGGAUCCGCAUCGCGACAUGCUCACCGCCAAGACGAACGCGCUCAUUAAGAAGAUCAUCAUGCCGGAGCUGAAGGUGUUGUACGGCACGAGGAAGGGAUGCGCCGUGUAGCCCGUGGAGUCACGGGCACGUCGACGCGUGCUCUACAGGUGUUCGUCCGCACGACGGGACCGCCUGCAGCCCUCCCUGCUGCCUGUGCAGCGGCAGAUCGCCGGAAACCGCAAAAUGCUGCCAGUCACCCGCGGACGCCGGGAUCGCGCUCAAACGCGCUCCGCGCGUUCCCCUCGCGUUCGCAAGCGGGGCCGGAGGAAUGCUCGCUACAAACUUAUAGCAGAGGUCUCCUCUUCGAAUUAUGCCAACUCAACGGUGCCGAACGAACAAACGAAUUAUCGCGUAAGUGUCCGGUGAAUUAGAGCGACGACGUUGUAACGGACCACGAUGUUACUCCCACGAGAAACGUCUCAUCAUCAUCGUUAUCGCCGUCAUCAUCUUUGUCGUCCGCGAGCGUCGGCAUUAACGUUAAACGAGAAACAUCAUGGCAACGUGAAGGACGAUGGUUACGCGAAAGAAGUAGUGUGACAUCGCGACGCUUAAAUUCUCUAGCUUUCGUAAAGGAAAAUCUAGCGUGUAAAGGAAUCGUACUACCUAUUUUUCACUUGGUGGAUAUAUCCUCCCGUAGCAAGUACGAUUGUACAUAAUAAAACGGUGCCUCAUAUACAUCAAUACGUUCGCAGGAUUACUGUGCUUUCGGUGAAAGUUAUGAACGACUGUUUCAAUUGUAACGCGAUCUCUUCGCGAACCGCAACUGUCAUUGUGUCCGCAGUGUUUCUUAUUCGUGAAAUAGGAAUAUUAAGAAAUAUUACAGGACAUUGUUACAAUUGUAAAUAUUACCGAAACGAAUUACUUUUGGUAAUAAAUUAUUUACAACAAUUAAAAUAUUGAAUAACAAUGUCAUUUCUUUUAUCGAAAAGUCGUAUAAAGUAUCAGAGUAUAAUUGUUGAACUUGUCAUCAUCAUUUUGAUAUACAUUUUUUCUUUCAAAUAGUCUGCAUAGUUUUAGACCUCAUGCACGAAGAAAAUUUUAUAUAACAAAUUACUAUGAUACGACAGUAGUGAUCACGGAUUAUAAGAGGAAUUAUAAGUCUAAAUACUAUAGCCAUUAUGUGAAAAAUGGUAAAAAUUUUUAUAAUUUCUUUAUGAUCCACGGCUGUACAUAGUCAUUUUUUAUAUAAAAUUUUCUCCAAAUGGAAAAUAAAAUCAUUUUUUUCUUGCUGUAGUAAUUUACAUUCUACUUAGAACACAUUUCUGAGAUGCCAGUUCAAUCUACAUCGACUGAUGAACUUGGGCUGAGUAUAGUGGCGUGUAUAAAUAAGUCAAACGCAUUAAAAGUUUGUAUUCCGAAACUACCACAAUUACUACUCAUUACAAUUACAUUAUACAUUUGCACUACAUUCACGGCAAACGUGGUUCCCCAUCUGUCUAUAGACUAUCGGCCCUUGAAACAAGAACAUAGUAUGUGCGAAAUUAUUCACGAAUGAAGAAAAAAAAUCACCGUCCAAGACUGAGGGAUAUUUGAUAUAAAUUUUUUAGAAACUUCACAAACGAGUAACCCGACCGAUGAAUUAUUUAUUGUUCAACUUUCCAUUAAUACGAUGUCGCACAUUUGGACUGUACUCAAUAUUUUGUUUUGAUGGAUAACCGCGAUUGAUGGAUAACCGCGUAUUAUUGCGAGUAAGGAAAACGACACGGUGGGUGGGAUGAAGAUUGAAUCGCGUUAGAGAAAACAACUUGCUCGUCGCACUUGUAAUAAGAAGCCUUGUGUGCAAUGCCGCGUAUAUUUUGAAAAAAAAAACAAGGAAAGUUAUCUUACAAAUGCAAUUUGUCUUAUAUAUCAAAAAAAAAUAUUUCGGUCGCGUGGUCACUGUCCUUCGGCGAUCGAAUGUGAAUGUAGUAUUUUCUAAUCUUAAGCGAGUUAAAACACAUAUUACUGUCCACAGUAUUACUAUACUUGCACACAGACGCCUGUCUAAUGUAAUAUAUAACCGUAUUUAGAAAGGUCAACACACGUUUCGCAGGAGAAGUUCUCUCGUAUAACAUCAAUCUCUCUUAAGCGAAUAGUAGUUCUAAAAACAGAUAAUUUGUGUGAAAAUUCAGGAGCUUUUUUGAAGAUUGAUAGACGUUAAAAUGAUGUUUCACGCGAUCUGUUGGAAGUUAUUAUUAGCAUUCCUUGCGAUAUAUUGCAAGAAUUUAAUAAUGCUGCCAUGUAAAUGUCGGAUGCUAUUAUGCGUUUUUAUUCAAAUCUUCAAUCCAUGUUUUUUUUUCGCUCUUUGAUGCGGCAAAAAUGUGUUGGCGCAAAAUAUGAUAUUUAACUAUAUCGUAUUAUCGGAUAUGAUGCAAUUGUUUAUUGUAGUAAGAUAACGUUUACUGUACAUACUGUGAACCGUAUACUUUUCUAUUUACACUCCGAGUAAUAUAUGACCAGUGUACAUGUACAUAUGAUCUUUGUAAUUAUUAAGACUUGAACGAGAGCAGUUGGGUCAAUAUCUUGAGAAUGAGUUAGAGUAAUUUUAAUCGAAGCAGAAUGCUGACUCAUUUUUUUGUGAUAAUAUUAGGGCACAAACUAAUUGAAAUCUGUAAACGUGCUUCGAUCGCUGUAAAGAUAUUCUUGACGUCGGAUAAUUGUGUAAUUUUAUGUAUAUUAAUGAUUUUGGUUGGAAAUAUUAAUCAAUGAAAUUUUGUCGAGCAGUAUAGUUCGUUUAAAGAUAAUAAUUGAAAUUUUUUUAUUUCAUAAAUAAUUUGUAACAUUGUUUCGUUUAUAUUAUGUUAUCUUCUGCUUGAAGAACUUGCUGGGGUGGUUAAUUAAUUAUCCUCAGAGUAUCAUACAUGUUGAAUGCGUUGCAAUCUAUAGUUAGGAAUUCUACAUAUCGUCAAUGUUUUCAAUGUGUUAAAUAUUGGACUCAACUUCAUAUAAGUUCCUUUUAUCUCCUCGCCUUCUCUCUUAAUUUAUCGGGGCUGUGCAACCGCGCGUAUGUGUAUUGUGUCGCUCGUAAAGUGUAAUGUAUAUUCUGUGCCUUAUAUAUACAUAUACAUAUUGUCUCUGUCUCCUUGCGUGUGUGCGUGCGAGUGCCAAAAAUGUGCGUGUAUGUUUACAAAGAGCUACGUGAGCUGACCAGGGAGAUAAGCUGAAAGAAAAGCUGACUCAAUUAUACAAUUGAUACAAACCGUAGGGUUCAGUUUAACCGUAGAAAGAUUUUUAUAUCUAUUCCAAAGUGGUUGUAACGAGGGAGAGAAGAAGUCACGCGAGCAGAAUGCCGCGCGCGUUUAUCGUAUAUCUCGUUUCUCUAUCUUAGCGUAACCCAAUUCAAAGAUCCAUGCCGCGUUACGCGCCAAAGUAAGAUAAUACCAGUGUCCGUGCCGCUGAGUUUGUCUCUCUUGACUGAGCAUUUUCAUGCAACAAGCAUGAGACUGCGAACGAGCUACGGAAGUAUCGCUUACGCGGAUAUCGUUUUUCAGAAUAUAUUCCUACGCGUUACGAUAUUUGUAAUUAGUGUAUAUACUUGCGACUGUAGAUAAGAGCUGUGUCUCAUCGGCUGUUUCACUCGACAAAAUAUGUUAUUACAUGUAGAUUACACGAAGCGAUUGAAUUUGCCGAUUGGAACAAAAGAAGCGCCGCGUUAUCCUCGUUUUUACGCAUAAUAACAUUUCAGGUUUAUAUAAUGAUAUUUAAAAAAAAAAAACAUUCAGAGAUGCAGGUAUCGAUACCUCG